CCGACACAACUGGGACCAUGAGUUCCUCUCCCACAUGCAGCAGGACUCGUCUGGUGUCGGCCGUGUUCUGGUCCUGUUUGUCUUUUGGUGUUCCGCCUGUUGUCCUCGUGACGAUGAAUGGACUCCGGUCCUGAUGAGGCAGCCAGGCGUUCACCUCCCAGCCGUCUUUGAUCCUGCAUUGAUGGCCCAGCUCAACGCAGCCUCCGAACGGGUGUUGGGACAGAUGAAGUAUCCAGCACUUCAUCUCUCGAGCACCGACACUGGAGAGAAGUUUGGUCUGCAGUACGUUGAGCCUGGUUGCCGCCCAGUUCCUGUGGACUGGGACAAGCACAGGACCAAGUCGGACUCUGCCCCCCCGGCCCUGAAUCCACCUCCUCAAAGCAGCGUGCCUACUGUCCAGUCAUCCUCACCCUUCAUGGCACCACAGAAGCUGUUCCAGUUUCCUCCACGCCCUCCUGUGGAUUCUGCUGCUGUCAAACCAGACGUGACUCCCGGGCCUCCGACAGAUCCAGAAACAUGUCGGCCGUCUCUGCCGCUGCUGUCCUCGCCGACUGCCGCUCGCACUGGACCUGUGAAGACAGGGGGGAGAGUGUUUGUGUUGGACCACAAGCGGUGGCCGGCCCCCAUGAAGGCAACUAUUGACAACCUGCUCAAUAAACACCGUGGCAUGAAGGACAUGCUCAAGCUAGUGGACCAGGACUAUUCUGCUCCAGUUCACAACUCUUGCACAGACCCAAACAACAUGCUCCACCCAACAACUAAACACCACAUCUUACUAUAUGUUAAACACCUCUGCAAAUUACUGAACACCAGCUCGUCUUUAAACACCAGCCCCGAAAAACUGCAAGAGCGGCAGGAACUCUGGCACGCUCUGACAAAGGGCAGCGAGGCGACCCGGGUGCCGGUUGUAACAAUGCCUGUUGCAGUCGUGAACCCACCUCCACCUCGUCAGACCCUCACUAAAGCCUCUAUUGAGCAAAUUGUGCAAAAUAUUAUUGAAAAGCAACAACAGCAUCAGCAGCAACAACAACAACCAGUGGCUUCAAAGAAGCAGACAAAAACGUGCCUUUCCUGUGGUCAGCCAAAGUCCAGGUAUGAGAAUGAUGGUUACUCCAUCCACUUCUUCUACCAGCAGAUACUUUUACUGCUCCACUAAAGUUUUUAAAGCUUACGGUGCUGAGGGUCUGACAAACCCAAAAAUGCCAUUUAAUGACUUUGCAGAGUUCUUUCAGCAGGAACUGUCUGCCACAAAGAAAAGGGUGGAGGAGAGAGGCCAGCAGAAGAGGAAGAGAACUGAAUCCCAGCACAGAACCCCAGAACACUGGUCCAAGGUGUCGCUUUUGUGGGAUGGGACUGAAGCAGGGCCCAAACAGCCCUCACAUUCACACCGGGUUCCCGGGGGUAGCAGGGAAGUACGUUUAUUGUCCUGCCAAAGUAUUUUCCCUGUACAGAGACCAGGGCAUGGAGAAGGAGAUGACGUGGAGAGAGUUCCAGGCAUCUGCCUUCUAUGAGACGGGAAAAACAGAUGGGCCGUUGACAAGAGCAAAUAAGAGAUGGGCAGUGUUUUGUCAUGUAUAUAUCUUUUCUUAUUUUAAUAAUUACAUUCUUUUAUGAUAUAAAUUAUAUUUGUUUUACUAUUUUUAUUGUUUUUAUUGUUUGUGUGACCUUGCACUAUGGCCUGUGUGUUCAAUAUUUACUGUCCUUGUUGUGAAUAAAUAUAUUUCAUGGA